AACAAAACGCCAGCGAGACGAGGACGCCAAGAUGAUUAAACUCUUCACGCUGAAGCAGCAAAAGAAGGAGGGAGAGCAGAAGGGAAGCGGUGGUCAGCAAAAGAAGGCCUCGGCCGCCCAGCUGCGCAUACAGAAAGAUAUUAGCGAACUCAACCUGCCAAAAACUUGCGCCACAGACUUUCCGGACCCCGAUGACUUGCUCAACUUCAAGCUAAUCAUCUCGCCCGAUGAGGGCUUCUACAGGGACGGCCGUUUCGUGUUCAACUUCCGCGUCGGCUCCAACUACCCGCAUGAGCCGCCGAAGGUCAAAUGCGGCACCCAAGUGUAUCACCCCAACAUCGACCUCGAGGGCAACGUUUGCCUCAAUAUUCUGCGCGAGGACUGGAAUCCAGUACUGACCAUCAAUUCUAUAGUCUAUGGCUUGCAAUUUCUUUUCUUGGAACCGAAUCCCGAGGAUCCGCUGAACAAGGAGGCGGCUGAUGUCCUCCAGAACAACAGACGCCAAUUCGAGUUCAACGUAAAGAAGGCGAUGCGCGGCGGCUACGUGGGCGAGACCUACUUCGAGUGCUGCCUGCACAAGUGAUAUAGGGAACACCCAUCCCAAGGUCUCUUACUUUAAGCAUGCCCCCCUCACGAUGAUGAUGAUUAUGAUGAAGAUGCGAACAGCGACGUAAAUCGGCGACAAAAAAUUAUUGUAAUAAACCAGAUAAAACACUGUACGAUGAAGAAGCCGAGUCGAGUCACCAAUUUCUAGUUUUUAAUACAAUUCAUUUAGCAAUUUC